AUGAAAAAAUUUAUUUUUGUACUAUUAUUUUUAAUUAAUAUUUCAAUAGGCUUUUCAUCAUCACUUAAAAUCAAUUGUUUAAAUGAAAAUGGAAAGCCAGUAGAUUGGUGGGUAAUUCAAAAGCAACCUGUUGUAAAAACAAUGACAGGAAGAUUCAAAUCAGGUUUAGGUUAUUUAUAUGCUGACGAAAAUAACCCAAAAUUUCAAGUACCAUCAACCACAACACUUAAUGAUACCAAUGCAUUAUCACACACUUUAAAUCAAAUCUAUCAAAAUAAAAACAGUGAUGAUCUUUUAUGGUUCAUGUACAACGACCAACCACCACAAGGUACAGCAGAUAGUUAUUAUGCACAUAGUAAGGGUGUUGUUGCUUUUACCGAAAAUGAAGGUUUUUGGCUCAUUCAUAGUGUUCCACGUUUCCCACACGACCCAAAUCACGAAGAUUUUUAUUAUCCAAAGAACGAAAUAAACAAUGGUCAAUCAUUUUUAUGUGUUUCGUAUAAUGCUGUUGACAACUUUGCAAAAAUUGCCGAAAAGAUUUUUGUAAAUAGACCAUUUAUCUAUGCCUUUAAUAUGCCAUUGAAUGUUAAUCUUCCAUCAACCUCAAUUAUCCAAAGUGUUAUUAAGGGUAGUUAUUCUAGUGUCUCGGUCACUGAUGAUACCAUCCUCACCUCUGCCAAAGGAAAUGAAUUCCAAGUUUUUGCUAAAAAUGCCGCUUGGGGUCUUGAUCUUUAUGAAGAUUUAAUUCAAGCAACUUUAAAACAAGAUAUGGUUGUAACUUCAUGGAGAUUGGGUAAAAAAACUUCAGUUAUGCCAUCAUAUUGUUCAAAUACUGGUAAUUUCACCUAUGAUAGUAUGAACACUUUAACCUUUUCAUUUUAUUCAGAAUAUGAUGGUCAAGUCUCAUGGAAAUACACUAAAGAUCACAGUAAAUAUGCCCUUUCUAUUGACGAAGAGGAAUCUUAUAUUUGUAUUGGUGAUGUAAACAGAAUGUAUACCCAAUGGAGAAGAGGUGGUGGUUCAGCUUGUUUUGUCAAUAAAUCAUUAUGGAAUUCAUACAGAGAUUUUAUUGCAACAAUUGAUGGAUGUGAUAAUGAUAGCAGCUCCGAUUAUUAUUAA